AUGUCGCUUAAACGGCCUCGCGCCUCGCCGGAGCCGGCAGGCACAGACACGCGCGCCGUCGCAGCCUCAGUUGAGCUGCAGCCGACAAAGAAGCCACGACUCGACACGCCCUCGACACCCGCCGCCACCGCCGCCACCACCACGACGAUCCCCGACGAGCAAGACCCCGACGAGCAAGACCGCAUCUCGGCGCUCUCGGACGAGCUGUUGGUGCGCAUCCUCGCCUCCCUCGCCGUCCCGCAGCUGCUCGACCUGUCGCUCGUGUCUCGUCGCUUCUGGCGCCUGGCCUGCGACUCGCAGCUGUGGAAGGCGCACUACUACUCGCGCUUCGUGCUCCCGCGCGCCCUGCGCAUCCCCGGCUUCCGCGGCGCGAGGCCCGCACAGCAGCAGAGGCAAGAUCAUAAGCUGCACUAUAGCGGCCGCAAGGCGCUGUGGGCCGACGGCAGGCGGGGUGGUAUUACUGACACGCAGCAGCAUGAACAAGCACAGUGCAUCCCCAAGCCGCUCGCGGCCGGCGAGGCAAAGCACGAUGCAGCGGUCCCCAAGACGGUCGACUGGAUGCGGCAAUUCAGGACCCGGCACAACUGGUCCAAGGGCACAUGCGCCGUCGAGGAGCUGAGGCUGGGCGACGGCAGCCCGGCGAGGAACAACGGCCAAGCGCACGCGGACGGCCGGCCCAGGAUGCUGGUCAAGGUGGUCGAGGGCAUCGCCGUGACGGCCGACGCCGAGUCGGGCCUGCGUGCGUGGGACCUCCGGACGCGCGAGAUCAUGGCGCAGACGAGCCUGCGGCCCGCCGCCGCCGUUGCUACCCGCGACGCCCCGGACAGGAUGCCUUCGUGCCUGGCCGUCGACGAGGACAGAGCUCCGGACAACCAGACGCUCCGGAUUGCUCUGGGCUUCUGCGAUGGCAGCUUCGGCGUCUGGUUGCUCGACAUCGGGAGUGGCGGCAAGGAGAGCGUGCUGUCGCCGCAGUACAGGCACGAGCCCUCGCCUAGCGGCCGGCUUGCCGGCAUGGCCUACUCGCAUCCGUUCCUGCUGACGGCGACCGACUCGGUGCACAUUUCUCUCUAUACGUUUGACGGCCACAGCGCAGACGUCUCGAACGCGCAAGCAGGCGGCGGCGGCAACAAGUGGCCGCCGCCCUACCUGCUGACGUCGCUCGAGUCCGUCACGUCGGAGCCGCCGCUGGCCCUGUCCGUCCGCAGGGCCGGUGCGUCGACGACCAUCGCGUCCAUCGCCUACACCUUUGUCACGCGGCAAGGAUGGUCCAUCGGGGUCCAAGACCUCCACGUCAAGACGGCCGCCCCGACGGCGGACACGCCCCGCCCGCUGCCCGAAGUCGGCUCGACGCGGCUGGCGCACACUGAGCCCGUGUCGACGGGGAGAGCACGUCAUCGUACGCCACGGCGGCGGCAGCGGCAACGGCAGGACAGGACACCACGUGUUGCCUCAUCGUCCGACGAGGAUGCUGACGAUGCCGACGACGACCCCGAUGAAGACGACGACGACGACGACGACGACUACGAGGUCGGGCCCACGGCGCUCUGCUACACACACCCGUACCUCCUCGCCACGCUGCCCGACAACACGCUGGUGCUGCACCUGUGCACGUCGUCGGCGGCGUCGCUGGCCGUGUCGCGCGGCAUCCGGCUGUGGGGCCACACGAGCGGCAUCUCGGACGCCGAGAUCACGUCGCGCGGCCGCGCCGUCAGCGUCAGCGCCCGCGGCGACGAGAUGCGCGUCUGGGAGCUCGAGGGGGGCGGUUGCGGUGGCGCUGGCGGCCGCGGCCACAAGAGGACGCGCGACGGGGGCGCCGCCGUCGAAGCCGCCCACGGCCUCAGCGUCGAGGUGCGUGCCGCCAGGAGUCCGUCGGGCGAGGCCGCGGAGCCGGCGGCGUGGGAGGACCGGCGGAACUGGGUCGGGUUCGACGACGAGAUGGUGAUUGUGCUCAAGGAGCGGGCGGACGGCGGGGACAGCCUCAUGGUUUAUGACUUUACGUGA